AGAGAUGGUACAUUCCCCAUCAUGGUGUUUAUCAUGCCAGAAAGCCCGAUAAACUUUGCGUAGUGUUCGAUUGCUUUGCUAGAUACAAAGGAACCAGCUUGAACUACCACCUCCUCCCUGGGCCAGACAUGUUGAACAACUUGAGUGGAGUUCUCCUCCGCUUUCGACGGCACCCUGUUGCACUAUGUGUGACAUUGAAAAAAUGUUCCAUCAAUUUCAUGUGAAGGAGGUCGAUCGCAACUAUCUGCGCUUUCUCUGGUGGAAGCAAGGAGUCUUGAACUCACCACCCAGCGAGUUCCGGAUGAAGGUGCAUCUGUUUGGUGCUGCCUCCUCCCCCGGAUGCGCAAACUAUGGAUUGAAGCAUCUAGCUAAGGAGAAUGCAGACCUCUACCCUCAAGGCUCACGGUUUGUCAUGAGGGAUUUCUAUGUUGACGAUGGGCUCGCAAGUGUCGAAAGCACUGAAGAUGCUAUUCUGCUUGCUAAAGAAGCUUGUGAACUCUGUGCUAUGGGUGGUCUACGACUACACAAGUUUGUGUCAAACGACAGAGAGGUCCUGGAAAGCAUACCACCCUCUGAACGAGCAACCAAUGUAGAAAAUAUGGAUCUUGCGUUCGAUGAACUACCAGUUGACAGAGCCCUCGGGAUUAAAUGGGAUGUGAAAGCCGACCACUUUCAACUUAAUGUCAGCGUCAAGGAUCAGCCUGCAACGCGCCGCGGCAUUCUGUCAACAGUGGCCUCCCUGUAUGAUCCUCUUGGCUUUGUGGCACCAGUCCUGCUCAAAGCAAAAAGCAUUCUUCAGGAGAUGUGUAGGAGAGGCACAGGUUGGGACGAUCUUCUCCCAGAUGAGCUCCGCCCGAAAUGGGAACAGUGGAGAAGAGAUCUAGCUCAACUAGAUAAUGUCACCAUAUCCCGCUCUUACUCACCAGCUGGAUUUGGAAAGGCCACGAAGACAGAGUUACAUCAUUUCUCGGACGCUAGCUUAAAGGGUUAUGGUCAGUGCUCAUACCUGAGAUUUCAGAACGAAAAUAGAGAUGUUCAUUGUGCCUUAGUUGUAGGAAAAUCUCGUGUCUCACCAUCAAAGGUCACAACUGUUCCAAGACUGGAAUUAACAGCUGCAGUUAUUUCUGUGAAGAUAAGCAAAAUGCUCAAGGAAGAACUGGGAUAUGCUGACACUGAGGAAUUCUUCUGGACCGACUCAAAGGUGGUUCUAGGAUACAUAAAAAAUGAAGCAAGACGAUUCCACGCCUUUGUAGCUAAUCGUAUUCAGAAGAUUCACCUUAGCUCGUCCCCUCAGCAAUGGAGAUACGUUCCAACCAAUGAGAACCCUGCGGACUACGCUUCCAGGUGCUUGACUCCCAGUGAGCUUCUGUCGUCCACAUGGCUCACUGGACCCAAGUUCCUAUGGAACAAGGAAAUAAAGUUGCCAGCAGACGAAAUUCCAGAGUUAACGAUCGGAGAUCCAGAGGUCAGAAAUGCUCUAGCACUAAGCACAAGAACCACAGACCAAGUAAGCCUUGUUGAUCGCCUGUCUAAGCUCUCAUCUUGGUCACUUGCUACUCGAGCUGUGGCACGCAUACUAAGGUGCAUUAGGCGAAACCACUCAAACAGUCUUACCAAUGUAGCAGAACGAGCCCAUACCAUCUCACAAUCCAUUACACUCACUUGAUACGUUUCUCGACAAAGAUGGCGUCCUCAGGGUGGGAGGAAGGCUUUGCAACUCUUCUCUUCCCAACUUCAUCAAGCACCCUGCAAUCAUCCCCAAGGAUCAUCACAUCACAAAGAUGGUUAUUGCUCAUC